AUGGCGCAGACACCAACAUCGGUGGAUUUUGAAAAAAUACGAAACUCCUCCGAUGGGAGCUUUUCGGGGAUGUUAUACCUGGGGUUCAAUGAGAUUAUACUGAACAAUCCGUAUUUUGCUGCAGGUGGCGGUUUGAUGGUUUUAGGCACGGGACUAGCAUUGGCCAAACAAGGUAUUACCAAGAGUUCGGGGUUCCUUUAUCGACAAAUGUUGGUGGAUUUAGAGAUCCCUUCAAAGGACAAAUCGUACCUUUGGUUUUUAGAGUGGAUGUCGAGACAUAAGCAGCGAAGUUCGCGACAUUUAUCUGUUGAGACUAACGUGAUAACUCACGAUAAUGGGUCUAUAUCUACAAACUUUUCACUUGUUCCUGGUCCCGGAAAGCAUCUUAUUAGAUACAAAGGGGCCUAUAUGCUUGUUAACCGUGAAAGGUCGGGGAAAAUGUUGGAUAUGACUAAUGGAACUCCAUUUGAAACCGUUACUUUAACGACUCUUUAUCGCGAUCGCAAAUUGUUUAGUGAUCUACUAUCGGAUGCGAAAAAUCUAGCAAUAAAAGCAAGAGAGGGAAAAACUGUGAUUUUCACUUCUUGGGGACCCGAAUGGAGACCUUUUGGUCAGCCUAAAUCGAAAAGAUUAUUGGGUUCAGUGAUACUUGAUGAUGGUAUUGCUGAGAGUGUAGAGAAGGACGUUAAGGAUUUUUUGUCGAGCGGAGAAUGGUAUCAUCAAAGAGGUAUACCUUAUAGAAGAGGCUAUUUGCUUUAUGGGCCACCUGGAAGCGGCAAGACGUCAUUUAUACAAGCAUUAGCAGGAGAACUAGACUAUAACAUCUGCAUACUCAAUUUAUCGGAAAACAAUUUAACAGACGAUAGACUAAACCAUUUAAUGAACAAUAUUCCGAGCCGAUCUAUACUUUUACUUGAAGACGUUGAUGCUGCAUUCAACAAAAGAGAGCAGUCAAAUGAGCAAGGAUUCACAAGCGGUGUUACAUUCUCGGGCUUAUUGAAUGCUUUGGACGGUGUAGCCAGUGCAGAGGAGUGUAUCACAUUUAUGACAACGAACCAUCCCGAACGGUUAGACCCGGCAUUGUUGAGGCCGGGAAGAGUCGAUUUCAAAGUAUUGAUUGAUAAUGCCACCGAGUACCAAGUUAAAAAGAUGUUUCUCCGAUUCUACGAAAAUGAAGAAAAAUUAUGUCAAGAGUUUUUACACAAGUUUAGAUUAUUGAACUUGCAACACGUUAGUACUGCUCAAUUACAGGGAUUGUUUGUGUAUAAUAAAAGGGACCCGCAAGCUGCUGUCGACAUGAUAGAGACACUACAAAAUCCAAACACCGUAUUUUAA